AGAGGUGGUGCUAUGUGUCUGUCAGAUGUUCUACGGAAACAUGUUUUGUCAAACAUGGAGUUGCAGCAGUACUUAACAGCAUGUUAUUGGGCCGACAAACUUGUUUGUCUAGAAAGAUAUCGUUCAGAAGAUGUAUUACUUUAUGCCAAAGCCCUGUAUUAUAGUCGACAAUAUCAUCGUGCAAUAGCUUUAAUUCAAAAUUGUAAGGAGUUAAAACAAUCACUUGUUUGUCGUUAUUUCAUUGCCCAGUGUUAUUACGCUUGCUCAGAAUACAAAAAGGCUCUUGAAUUUCUCGAACAGUCUGAUUGUAAUUCUACCGAUUUCAACUCCAAUGUAACGUCACUGGUCGCUGGUUCUUUAUCUAAACAACUAUGUAUAUCAACAGACUGUCAGAAUGCUGUAAAUGAUGAUUCCACAAAACAAUCGAAUACUGUAUCAGACAGUUUAAUAAGCGGUUUUAGUACAGAACAACUUCAUAGUAGUAUUGCAUUAUUGAAGGGAAAGUUAUAUGAAUUAAUGGAAAACAGAUCUUUGGCAACGCAAUUUUAUAAAGAAGCUUUACUUCUUGACGUAACAUGUUACGAAGCCUUCGAAAAACUUGUACACUUUCAAUCAAUUAGCUCAGAAGAAGAAUCUGCUUUACUAACCGAAUUGAAUUUCACUGAUCAUCUCAAUCCGUUGAUGAGCAAAUUGGCUGAAUUUCUUUACAAAGAUAAACUAAACAAGAAUUCAGUAUCAGAAACUAAGGUACCUGGUGAAUUUGACUCAUUGACCAAUAAUGUUGACGUUAUUGUUAAUAAAGCUGGACGUAUGUUAGAUGUUUGUCGAUUUCAGGAAUGCUACGAUAUUACAUCCAGAUUAAUGCAGUCAGAUCCAUAUAAUCUUUCAUGUUUGCCAAUUCAUAUUUCUGUUUUAAAAGAAUUAGAAAAAGCAAAUGAGUUAUUCAAAGUAUCUCAUAAACUUAUGGAUGUGUAUCCGUCAAGUGCACUUGCCUGGUUUGCGGUGGGUUGUUAUUAUCUGUGCAUUAAGAAGAAUGAACUUGCAAGACGACAUCUUGUGAAGGCUUCACAAUUAGAUAGAAGAUAUGGUCCUAUAUGGCUUACACUUGGGCAUGCAUUUGCUGCUGAUGGGGAACAUGAUCAAGCUAUUGCUUCCUAUUGUACAGCUGCUCAAGUUAUUCGAGGUUCGCAUAUUCCUAUUAUGUAUAUUGGUAUUGAGUACAGUGCUAGCAAUAAUCGCAGUCUAGCUGAACGAUUUCUUAAUCAAGCCUAUUUAAUUAGUCCAAGUGAUCCUUUUGUUUUACAUGAACUGGGCACAUUGGCUUUUGAAUCACAAAAAUAUGUAGACGCUACAAGAUUCCUAGUUCGAGCUUAUGAAAAGGCUUGUGAAUUAAGUGGGCAAGUUCCUUCGCCUUUCUGGGAGCCUCUUGUUAAUAAUUUAGCACAUUCUUAUAGGAAAAUGGGGUAAAUGAAAUUUUAUGUCUACAAUGUUUUAAAUAUUAGUAUCUUAUUAUUCCAACAGGUUUCUUGUCAGUUGAAAACUCACACAAUCUAGUAGAUAUAAACAGACCAUAUCUAGUGAUAUUUGUUUAAGCUGUUUAACUGUUGUUAAAUAGGAUUUAAUUGUACUUGAGAAUAUAAUGCAAGUGUAGUGUUAUUUAGUUAUAUGUGAAAAACAUUACUUGCCUAACUAAUAACACAUGUAUAAAACAGAAUAACGGUUAUUCUUGGCAGUAAAAUAUUUUGUCAAGUAAUCAUGCGAACAUAAACAAAAAAACUGUCAAUAAAGACACAACCGCAGUGUUAUUUCGUUGAAAUUUCAUAUAAGAAAUCUUCGUAUCACAAUCGUUUGAGAAAUAAUACCCUUAAUCAAAUCUCACGAAAUAUUGUCGCAAUACCAAUAGUGUUAAUAAGCUCACACUGUCUUGUAAUAAGGAAUAUAACUAUCAUUCUUUGUCUGAAUCAGUCAAAAAUGCUUAGAUCUAUCUUGAGUCACCUGACCAGUCUGUAUAUGUUUUUCAUCGCGGCAUUUCAAUUUUCGAUCAUUAUGAUUAUUUGUAGAUAAUUAGGACAAAAAGUUGUACAUAUGAUUGUUGAGCGUAUUGGUAUAUUUAGUAUAUAACUAACUACUUAGUUCGCUGUACUUUUACAUAAAUAUGUUAAAACCCUUUUAUUUGAACUGAGUUAGACUUUACAGCCAAGCAAUAGCUAUGCAUGAACUUGCACUUCGCUUAGUGCCUGAGUCUUCAACAACACUUGCGUGCUUGGCAAUGUUGCAUGCAAUCAAUGGUAACCUUGAAGUUGCAGUAGACUAUCUUCACCGGUCUGUUGGGGUCCAACCAUCGAGCUGUGGGUCUACUUCUAGCAAUGUGGCUUCUACAAUGCUGAAUGUAUGUAUUGAAGCGUUAACGGGGAAAGGAAUUUAUGCUUCGAAUCAUAAAGUUGGAAAAGAUAUUCCAGAUACUCUUCCUGAAAACCUUAUGACUGCUGCUGGACCAGGAAGUCUCCCAGGAUCCAACCGGAUUCGUUUUAAAAUGGCACCAAGUGAGACUUUAAAGCCUAACAAAUCGGUGCUUCAGUUGGAUGUUAAUUAUAGAGAAAAAUCUGCUAACGCUCCUAACAUAUCGCUGCACACAAGCGAUGAAGAUGUGUCUAUGGACCUUGGUUAAUUCCUUGGUUUUAUAUAAGUGAUUGCUAUUGUCCACAUAUUCUCUUGUAACUAGAUGUGAAACAAGACUAAGCUUUACACAUGUUUUUUUAUCUGUCAUUAGGGAUUCAAAUUUUCCAAGUAUAACAUCUAUCCUACUCGUCUUUACGAUUGUAUUCACGUAGAUUCGUUUUCUCCCCAUAAUUCAGUCGUAGCUGUCACUGAUAUUUCUUAAACCAAUUGAUACUAUAGCAUCAAUGAUUGCGGGUUGGUUUUUAACCGGAAAACAAAGUCAUGCUGCUGUAUGAUCACAUACUUCAAAUGCAUGAAGAGACAAAGUUUACAACUUUCAGGUUAUAAAAAGCAAUCUGAUAGAGUGAUUGAUUCCAGUUUGGGCGCCCGGACAGUAUCUCAGCCCUCGCACAAAUCGGAUGAUGAAGUGUGGCGCAUAUAUAUUUGGUACCCCCUUGUACCAUUGUUUGUGUUUAAAUGGAAUAAAUAAUAAUUAAUUUCAGAAAGC